AGAGAGAAUCUAGAAUCCGGGUUGACGGGAGGUCUUGAGGGCAGCAUGUGGGUAGUCUUGGGCCGCUCGCCGGGGGCUGCAUGAACACUGCCAGGCCAGCUGGGUUGUAGCGGCACGCACGCUGACCACUCCGCCACCGCCUGCCCAUAGUUAGAUAAUAAGGCUGUAAAUAAGGUUCCUUCUCCUCCCUGAUUCCUUCUUUCCUUUAAUUUAUUCCAUUUUUAUCUCCCUUCCUUUUCUUCCCUCCUUCUUUCCUCUGUUUUCCCUUCCUGCUUUCCUCUAGUCCUUCUUUUCCUUCGCUUCCUUUCUCUUUCUCUCUACUUUCUUCCUUUCUAUUAUUUUCUAUCUUUCCUGUUUUUCUUUUUCCCUUCCGUCCUUAAAUUUCUUGCCCUUCUUUCCCUUCCUUUCUUUUUCUCUCUACUUUCUCUCCUUUCUUUUAUUUCCUAACUUUCUUUCCUGUUUUCCUUUUUCUCUUCCUUCCUUAAAUUUCUUUCCCUUCCUUUCCCUUCUUUCUCUCUACUUUCUUCCUUUCUAUUAUUUUCUAACUUUCUUUCCUGUUUUCCUUUUUCCCUUCCUUCCUUAAAUUUCUAGUCCUUCUUUCCCUUCCCUUCCCUUCUUUCUCUCUAAUUUCUUCCUUUCCAUUAUUUCCUAACUUCCUUUCCUGUUUUCCUUUUUCCUUUCCCUAAAUUUCCAGCCUUUCCUUCCCUUCCUUUCCCUUUGACCACCCUUCCCUCUCCACCACCACCACCUCCACCUCCACCUCCACCUCCACCACCACCACAAUGAGCCAGGCAGUUGAAAGAAGACACGAAACGAUGAUGCCCUCCAGCGCCAACCCCAACAACCUCACCGGCACCCCACAACCCCCCACCUCCAUCCUGUCCCCCUUCUACAUCCCGCCCGACAGAAAAACCUCUGCCCAGAUCAUCCGGGAGGCGCGAGCUUCCUUGGGCGGGGGGGCGGGCGGGGGAGUGGGUGUGGGUGGCACGUCCCCCGUCCUGUCGGGUGUGGGCGUGCCGAGGCUUGGGGUCCGGACUGUGCACACCAAGAGGCCCUUUACGCCCCGGGAGAGGGAACGGACCUUGUUUGGGGGGCGCGGGGCAUCGGCCGGGGCAGGGAGGGAUGAGCGCCCCCCAUCAUCCUUCACGCUCUCACCUCUUCACUUCGACACGAGCGACAACAAUAGCAACAACAACAACAACAACAGCAGCAGGCCGGGAGGUUCUGCUGGUCCUCGCCUGCUGGUGCCCAUCGCCUCUGCUAGGUUACCUGUUGACGAUGGGGACAAGACCAAACUUCCUGCACUCAUCUCGGCCACCUCACGGAGAGUCCAGAGACACCAAUUCCGAGCACUCUCCCUAUGCGACUUGCCGGAGGAGGAUGCGGAGGAGGGGGGGGAGGAGGGACCCAGGACCCCCCUCCGAAAUGCGGGCGGCACGUUACCUAGAAGCUCCACCUUUAACGCCCUAAUGACCCUUAACCAGAGCCACCAGAGUAUAGAGGAGGAGGAGGAGGCCACCACCACCACCACCAACAACAACAACAACAACACACAACAGGAAGAUGCGAACAUGGAAACAGUCACGGACUCGCCAGCGUUCCUCCAACUCCUCAACAAGACAGACAUGGAGCUGAAGGACAUGGAAAUGCACACGGCACUUGACGCACACGGGGGACUCGGCGCGCACAUGCCUCCAAAAGCGCACACACUGACGCCUCUCCGGCCACACACAGGAAACGCACAUGAGCCAAAGACCAAGGUUGACGCACAUGGCUCUGACUUGGUGAAGAUUCAGGGGGCGCCUCUCCCUCCCGGCAGAGGUCUUAGUCUGGGCGCCAAGGUGUCUGGGCGGCUGCAGUACUCAGAGCGGAGGAAGAGUUUGAGCAAGCGGCCGGGAGUGGACAGGGACUGGAGACACGCUAAGGACGGGGCCAAGGAGGGAGAAGGAGGAGAUUCAGACGUGACGGAGGGUGUGUUGGGGGGCGGUGAGGGGCCAGCUGUUCCCCCGGCCCCCCCGCGAGAGGUGGCGGUGGACCAGGCGGUGUAUUACGAGGAGAAGGUGGCGCCCAUCCUCGACGAGAUUAUCCGAGCGCAGGGCUGUGCCGUGGAUGAGGAGGUGCUGGGGGAGCUGGUCAACAAGCUGUACGGGUGCCUGGAGGCGGGGGGGCUGCUGGGCCGACACUUUCGCUACAGGUCGCAAGUUCUCCGCGCCGUGUUCAGGCUCGUCGACCGGGAGAAUGGGGCACUGCUGGCUGCUAUUGCCCGGGUCAUGCUGGCGCUCAAGGUCUCCGGAAGCAACCUCACCUCUGUCUGCAAGCUCGUGUUCAAGGUGACUCGACAUGACGCCAAUGACUCACUCUUCCUUGAGGGCAACCUGCUGGACCUGCUCCUCGAGGCGGUGGCGUGUGUCCCCCCCCUGGAGCAGCCCGAGGCGUGUGUCUAUGGCUAUGGCGCCCUCAAGUUCCUCACCAUGAACUCCCAGCUGGUGUCGCGGCUCCUGAACCGAGGGAUCCUGGAGCUCCUCGUCCUGCAUAUGAAGCUGAUUGUGAACCAUCAACAAGAGACGGGCAGCGUACCAGAGCAGACACACUACGCCCUUGUCCAGCUAACCGGUACGCUGCGCCACGUCAGCAGCUGCGAGCGCACCUUCCCUCUGCUCCUGGUCACGGGUGCGGUGCCUCAGGUGUGCUCGCUGCUACACCACUUCUCCCACGACCAGGAUGUGACGGCCAAUGUGGUCAGGAUACUCAGCAUCAUCUCCACCCACGAGGAGUGCUGUGCUGCGGCUGCCUCUCACCCGUCAAUGCUCCCGGCGGCUGUGGGGGCCCUGAAGAAGCACGCUGCGUCCCCCGGCAUUGUGGUGCGGCUAGCCUAUGCCCUCGGGAACAUGAUGGCAAACUCCGAUGAGGCCAGGUGGAAGCUGUUCAGUGAGGAUGGCUUCACAGAGUCACUUUUGGAGCUGUUGACCGACUAUCUCCAGCGCGAUCGCCACCACCAGGCCCAGGAGAUGGUGGACCCCCUCACCCCCGCCAGUGGUACCCCAGAGGAUGUCAUGGUUAAGCUGAUCCGUGUGCUGGCUAACGUCUCCGUCCACUCACGCGUCGGCCCCGUCCUGGCUCGCUCCCGCACCUGCCUGUCGCUGCUGGUCUCGGCGCUGCAGCACAAGGGCGUGGACGAGAGUGAGGAGCUGGUGCUGUCCACGCUGGCCACCCUCAACAACCUCACCUUCUACACCAGGGACCAGCCCAUCUCAGCCCUGCAUGUGGACCUGGCAGAGUGCCUGUGUGAGAUGCUGCCCAUGGACCACGUGGAGGGGCUGGUGGAGACCAUCCGCGUGUUUGGGAACCUCACCCACUUCAAGGACAUCCGAGACAUCCUCACCAAACGCGCCGUGCUGGAGGUGUUGGUGGAGAUGCUGGACUGUGACUCCCGUGAGCUGGUCUAUGUGUGUGCUGGUGUGCUGGUCAACCUGAUGUCCGAUGCCUCGCGCAGGAGCAUAUUCCAGGCAGAGAAUGGCGUGCUGAGACUGAUUGACGUGCUGCAGUACUUUGGCUAUGGGGACUGGCAGCUGUGUAGCCUGGUGUGUCAGGUGCUGUGGAAUUUCUGUGCCUCCGCUGCCGACGUGGAGGAGGUGCUGGGGCCCAAGGAGACCGAGAAGCUGAUCUAUGUGCUGGAGGAGUUCUUGGAUGAUGACUCGUACUUCAACAACCCCGAGGUGUUUGGUGAGUGCGACCCCGACACCAAGGAGGUCGUGUAUCAGCUGUGGGAGGACUUUGCUUUCGUUGCCACCAAGCUGCUGGACCGCAUCGAAGAAAACACCACCGCGCUGCCUGUGGUCUGAGGGGGAGAGGGAGAGAGAGGGAGAGAGAGGGAGAGCGAGCGAGUGUGUGAGAGGAGAGAAAAAGAGAGAGAGAGGAGGAAGAAAGAGAGUAUGUGAGAGGAGAGUAGAAAAUGAUUUGGCCAGUAUAUAUUUUCAGCCUGAUAAAGAGAGAAAGAGGGAGAGAGAGAGAGUGUGUGUGAGAUAGAAAGUAAAAUGAUUUGGCUAGUAUUCUCAGUCCGAUAGAGAGAGAAAGAGAGAGACAGUGUGAGAGGAAAGAGAGAGAGAGAGAGGGAGAAAGAGUGUGAGAGAGGAGAGAUUAGAGUGAUUCGGCCAGUAUUCUCAGCCUCCUAGAGAGAGAGAGAGAGACCGACCUUGAUCUUAAACACUUUCAGAUCUCACAACAUCUAUUUCCCAAGGCCUCAAAGGAGAUUAAUCAGUUUUUUUUUAGUGUAUUUUCACAUUAAUGGUGCAGAAGCCUUGUCAAACUACCACUAGGCUCAUAACACCACCCAUGGAAAGACUAACACAACAUCAAUGAAAGCCUUACCAGAUGUGCGCAUGUGAGCCGAGAGGUGGUUGGGAAUGUGGGCUGAUAUCUCAUUCAAUUAAUCUAUUUGUUUUGUCCUUAAUUUAGUCAGCAUCACUCUGCAUGUUGGGUAAGAUGUUCACCGAUACUUGUACUAGUUCUAUGGGGGUAUUAUGCUGUGAUGGUGUGUGUGUGUGUGUGUGUGUGUGUGUGUCAGCUAAUGUAAACUGCAAAUCACAUCUUGUACUACUGUGAUUUGCAUGUGUGUAUGUGUGUGUGUGUGUGUGUGUGUGUGAGCGAGCGAGCAUUCAGAUUAAUUCCGUCCAUGCAUUUAUAACUAUGAACGUAAACAACACUUGCAUUUAACUUGUAAGAAAAACCCGAGAGAUGAAUUUUGGGCCAAGCAAAAUUUAACACGACACAAAACUCAUCUCUCGGCACAAGACCCGAAAAAUUGAUUGAAGAAACAGAGAGAACACACAUUAUAGUAGUUCCCAAAUCACGUGAUAACAGUAGCGGUAGUAGUAGUAAUAGUAGUAGUAGUAGUAGUGGUAGUAGUAGUAAUAGUGGUCACCUGUUCCUAUGUAUACUCAAAGCUCCGUAAUUACCUGUGUAGAUGGUCUCAUUAGUGGAUGUAUUACCUUACUGUCACUCCUAACGACAUAAUUCUCACUCUUCCUUCUCCUAUCUAUGUAAAUUUUCCCUCUCUCUAUACCUGUUCUUACCUGGUACUUAUAUAUAAUUAACUUCAUAUUAACUACUUAUUGUUAUUAUUUAUUUAUUUCUCAUUUAGUGUUCCUAUUCCUUUUGUUUGGUCUUUUUCUCCCUUGAUUAGAAAUGGCAGGGAAGAGUGUGUUAUUAUUUACUUCUUUCUCAAUUAGUACUCCUCUCCCUUUUGUUGUCUUCCUCUUCCUUGACGAGAAGUGGGACGGAAGACGAGGCAGCCACGUCUAUUCCUGUUGUGUUUCUGUCUCUCCUGCGUCUUGUCAUUUUUUCGUUUUUUUGUCCAUAACUAGACUUGUGAUUUAUGUUUUGUAUUUCUGUCUCUCCUGCGUCUUGUCAUUUUUUCGUUUUUUUAUCCAUAACUAGACUUGUGAUUUAUGCUUUUUUAUUUAUGUCUCUCCUGCGUCUUGUCAUUUUUUCGUUUUUUUGUCCAUAACUAGACUUGUAAUUCAUGUUUUGUAUUUCUUUCUCUCUUGCAUCUUGUCUUUUUUUUCGUUUCUUCGUCCAUAACUAGACUUGUGAUUUAUGUAUGGGCAGGAAGUAUUACUCAACGAAUCCUCAACUAGCUAAUAUCCUUAAUCUGUAACCACUUUUCUAUGUAUGUGCAGGAUAUCAUAACCAAUUCUCAACUAACUAACUAACAUAUCUUUCUUUGUAACCACUUUUCUAUGUAUGUGCAAGAACUCAUAACCAAUUCUCAACUAACUAACUAACAUUUCUUUCUCUGUAACCACUUUUCUCUCCUAAUAAAAGAAUGAACCAGUAAUGCAACUCUCAUUCGACUGACCAAUCACAACUAUUCUAACAGGGAACAGUGGCCCAGGGGUGAGGGUGUUCUUCCUCUUUGAUAAUGUCCAAAUAAAUCCUUCUCACCCCUAGCAACUUUUGAAAUGAGGAACCACUUUCUUUGACUGACUAAUUGUAACCAUUCUAACAUGUAAACAGUAGCCCAGGGGUGAGGGUGUUCUUCCUCUUAUGAUAAUGUCCAAGUCAGUCUUUCUUACCGACCACUAACUUGAAAUGAGGGAGGAGGGAAUGCUCGCUGAGUGAAGGAAUGCUCUCUCGUCCUCUCAGAAUCUAACCUUAGGGACUCCAGAUGUCUUUGUAUAACUAGAUCUAGGAAGUGAAUGUUAUUGUGAAAUGUUUUAAUGGCAGUUUAUAUUAUCUGCACUCCCCUUCUCUACUUGAUUCAUCUCAUAAUAAUAUUAAUAAUGACUUUCUCUGCUGUUACAAAAAUAAAAAAGGGGGACACAUCUCUGUAAUACUAGAUGUAGGAGUUGAAUUUUGUUGUGACAGGUUAGCGAAGACAUGGAAAAAGGCGGUGGAGGAAGAUAUGAGGAGGCUGAACACCACGGAAGAAAUGGCUAUGGACCGGCAACAGUGGAGGAGGCUCAUGUCCCGUCCAACCCCGCCAUAGGGAAUAAAUGGACGUUAACCGAUGAUGAUGAUGAUGAUGUGAUAGGUUAUAGAAGUGGUGACUGUUCCUCUGCCAAUGUUAAGAAAGGAUAAGGAGAUGCAUGGUAUAACAAAUUCCUGUCUUUAUUAAUCUCUGUACAAUGUUAAAUAAAUAAAUGAUCAAUGAGGUUCUCGACACGAAUUAUGGCAAAGAAAACAAUGGCUUACUUAUGUCUGUGUGGGGUUGGAAGACAAACUUAACAAUGUCUUACGGCUGAGUGAAGACAGCUUAAUAUAUUGCUUGUAAAUGUAUAUAAAUAGUGAGUUUAUUUAAUGGAGAAA